UAUUUGGAAACUUUUGUACAUAUUCUUGAAUGCAUUCUUGAUUUUUGCAGGAGACAAUGAAUGAAUCAGAUGAUGACACUCCUGCCCUUGAUACUCAAGUAUUCUCUCCUAAUCUGACAAAAGAGAAAGAAACAAGUGAGUCACCUGCUGAGAGGCCAUCCAAUCCUAAUCAAGAUGGAAAACCAGAUGAUGAGAUUGUGAGAGAGAAAUUAACAAGGGAGUCACCUGCUGCUCAGAGUCAAGUUUCGCAGAAAGAAACAGUGGAAAUGAAUGAGACACCUUCUUCUCCAAUAGCUCCAAAGAGUAUUGAAACUCCCGUUUAUACUCCAAGUCAGACUCAGCAGAUUGAGAGAGAGCCAUCGGAUGACACGCCUGCCCUUGAUAGUCAAGUUUUCACUCCUAAUCUGACAAAAGAGAGGGAAACACAAACCUCUACUGAUGAGACGCCACCCAAAACUAAUCAAGAAGAAGGAAAAACAAAUGAUGAGAUUGUGAUUGAGUCACCUGCUGCUCAGACUCAAGUUUUGCAAAAAGAAACACUGGAAAUGAAUGAGACACCUUCUUCUCCAAUAUCUCCAAAGAGUAUUGAGGCUCAAGUUUUUACUCCAAUUCAGAAACAGCAGACGGUAACAGAGGGAACGUAUGAGGCUACACAGCCAUUGACUGAGAUCAUUUCAGCAAACAAUAAAAAGGAGGAUACACAUGCUGUGCAUCACACACCUUCCUCUCCAUUGUCUUCACUAAUUGCACUAGUUAUUGAAGAAAAUAAGAAUGCUUUGAGUGAGACAGAAACUGCGACCCAAUAUUUUUCUCCAAGUGAGGGAGAGGAGACACAAUCAAGCAGAAAGAAUCAAGCAGAAGAAAAUCUCAAGGAUACUACAAAACAUACAACUGAGCUAGUUUCCACAGAUGUUUCGAAGACACAGCCUCUUACACAGCCUCUUACACAGCCUCUUACUCAGCAAACACAGCACCUUCAGACAAGUGAGGGAGAGCAAUCCGAUGAGACACCAUCAGAGCAGAAUCAAGCAGAAGAAAAUCUCAAGGAUACUACAGAACCUACUACUGAGCUAGUUUCCACAGAGCCUACUACUGAACCUACUACUGAGCAUGUUUCGAAGAUACCGCCUAUUACUCAGAAAACAGAGCAUCUUCAGACAAGUGCUAUAGAUUUUUCAGAAACAAACGAGGUUGAAGUAAGCAGGCUUCUAGCUCACUUUCAAAUAGGCGCAGAGGUUGAGAUUUUGUCUACUGAUGACGAAAUAUGGUAUCCAGGAAAGGUUGUUGAUCUUAAACUGUGUGAAGGACUAGAGGAGCUGACAGUUGAGUACACGACACUCUUCGCAGACCAACAUAGACUUCAGAAACUUCAGGAUACUAUCACGGCUGACAAAAUACGUCCUGCAACACCAACUAGUGACCAAAAAUCCUUUGAGAUGAUGGAUAAGGUAGAAGUCUUUUACAACAAUGGCUGGAGCAGCGGACAAAUUAGCAUGGUACUUGGUGAUAACACAUACUCGGUGUGUCUCUAUACUUCUAUGGAAACUAUUCUAUUCAAACAUUCAGAUUUGCGAAUUCAUAGAGAAUGGAAAGAUGGAGUCUGGAAGAUGGCAGAUAAGGUGAAGCCUGAUAAGAAAAGGAAAGCUGCUGCCUCAUCACAAAAUUCAGGAAUGGAUAAUGUUUUCCUAAGAAGGAGCGAGAGGGUGCCUAAACGAUCUAGAGACACAAAAACUCCAUUCAAGUCUGACAGAAAUCCGGCUUUAACUGUAAUACCUGAGAUUAUACCUGCAGUUGAUCCGUUUUCAACUCCUGCGGAACAUAAGCUUUCAAGGCUUCAAAAUUGGAUGACAUUAAAGCCCGGCAUGCAUGAAACGUCCCUAUCAAUCAAUGAUAAUAAGAUAAGGAAAUCUUUCUUUCAAAGCAUGGAAAAUGCAAAAAAGGACCUUAAGAAAGAGCACAUUGAUGGAGCCUUUGCAAUGCUAAAUUGCAGAAGAAAUGAGAAUGCUGCUUGGUUCCACAACUACAAGAUUCCAAAGGCGUGCUUCCUACCUAUGGAGUUCUUGCAUUGCUUGCUCUCUCAUGAUUUGGCUUACAAGAAAGAAAAGGUCAAAGGUAAAAAGAUUUUCAACGAUUUAUUUAAAGAUAUUGUAAGAGGGAAGGUAUAUCCAGAGAAGACAUGGGGAGAAGAUGUUGAUGUUGUGUAUGGGAUUACUCUUGGAAAAAAAAGCAAUGUCUGGAUUGGGAUGGAAAUUCAUUUGAAGAAGAAAAGAAUCACAGUAUAUGAUUGUUUUCAAAAGGAAAGCAACAACAUUGAUAUUCCUCAAGUGAAAAAGUUGGCAGUGUUGAUUUCUGAUCUGCUGGUGGAAUCUUCUGGUGAUGAGGUAGAUAAAGUGAAGAUGAUUCCAUUUGAGGUUGAGCAGGCACAAGGUUUACCCAAGACAAAACAUCCUUUCAACUGUGGGAUAUUUCUUGUCAAGAUUCUGGAGUGCCAGUCAUUGAAGAUAGGAGACAUGACAAAGAUUAAUGAUGACAAUGCAUUGGAGCUAAGGAGAACCUUGUCUUGUGAGAUCUUCAACCAAUUUGUGGAUGAGAGCUUUGGGAAAUGAGAAUGAUGCAUCAAAACAUUUUUUGUUUUAGUUAAGACUCGGUUUUAGUUAUGACUGUUUAUUUUGUUAUGUUGUUGGCGUCUGGUUACAUAAGAAAGAUUGGAAGGAUAUCAAGUAUUUUUUUUGGGUAUCA